UAUGUACGAUCUUUUUGCGCAUGCUUAGCUAGUCUAUCACCUUCCUAUCUUUUCGGAGUGCAAAUUUCUAAGAAAAUCUGGUACCAAUUCUAUUCUUGCUUAUGUGCCUGCUUUCUUUAUCGUAGUUUCCUUAGAAUCUAUUUUGGUUAUGAGAGUGGUUCAUGUCGAACUUUAAAAAGGAAGAUGUGGCUAUUGUUUUGCUUAUUUUGUGGGGAGUUUAGAUCGUUCGAAAUCAGGUUGCUAAUCAAAAUUUUGCUUUAAUGAUGGACGAUUGCGGUUGAUCGUACUUAUUACUUAAUUCACCGGUUGAGUUUUGAAUCUUGUUGCCUUCAUCCUUACUUCUCUAUGCCAAGGUUGAGAGCCUACCUAGUCAUGCCCAAUGGUCCCUCCUUCCUAUGGUUGAAAGAUUUAUAUUGACGCUGCUUGGUUCGAUGUUCUGGGGCCGACGGUGUUGGUUGGGUUAUCCGUGACUCUGCUUGAUCUUUGGUGGGUGCAGUUUACGUAGGAUUAACUGUUCUUGGAAGAUUAAGGCAUUGAAAUGAAAGCUAUUGAGGAGGGGUUGGUCUGUCUUGUCUUGUCCGUUAUGUUGACUCAAAUUUGUCCUAGCUUAAAAAUUUUUCUUGUAAAGUUUUGGAAUUGGCUAGUAAAUUUGAGAACAUGUGCUUCUCCAAGUGUGGGCGUUCUUGCAAUUAAGUUGUGCAUUGGAUGGCUAAAGAGCCCUUCUCACUGAUAUUCGAUUCAUCGUUUUGGGCUCUUUUGCUUCCUCGUUCUCUUCUUGAGAAGAUUCUGGAUAUUUCUUUUUGGGGGAAAGCAUUCCCUCUUGGGUCUCCUCUGAUUUUUUUUAAGGAGAGUGUUGGUUCCAAGUCUGCUACUCUGCUGCUUUGUUUCUAUUUGGCAAAAAAAAAAAAAAAAAAAAAAAAAAAACUGAUUUAUCGGCCUACCGCUUUUGAGAUUAUGAAAGGACUAUUUUACCCUUCAAAUGAAAACCCUACCUUCUACCGUCCACGCACGUUGCCUCCUCCCUCUAGUCCCCACGCUCACGGUUCUGUUCACCAAUCUCCGGCUUCCAACCGACGGCACGGCGACGUUGAGUUUACGACGACGGCGAGUAUCCAGUAGCGACAAUGAUAGCAGUUCGAGACAAGGGCCUUUCAUCUCUGCAUCUACUGUUUAAAAAUGAAAUUCCAGAACGCCGUUUCACCUCUCCUUUCAAUUUUCCAUUCUCAAACUGAAAGCACAACAUUGAUCAUUUUUGUCAGCAUAGGCGAUUUCAUUUGAUUUUGUGGAAAGCAUUGCGAGAUUCUGCAUCGUUUUAGUACUUGUUCUUAGUCAGGUUCAGUUUUUUAUUUAGUUCUUCUAUUGAUAUUUUGAAAUAUUUACUAUAAAUUGUUGUUAGUUGCUUGAUUGUUCCAUUUCUUGCAUUGUUUAUAAGUUGUAACUACGAGACAUUGUUUCUCGCAAUGUAAUUUGAGAAGCAAGGGAAUUAACUUUAAAAAACAGAGCAUGGAAACAGAGUAGAAUGAAAACAAGGCCCCUUCUAUAAAAAUGCUUCAUAAGGUGAAAAAUGGCUGCAAAGCUAAGGGAAGUAUUUUGCUUGCUAUAAAAAGUGAUGAUGCCAAAUGUGUUAAAACCAAGCAAAGUUUUUGACAACGUUCUUGAUAGUUUAGCUUGGUGCUUAACAAACAGAAAGUUUAUCUUCUCCAAAAUUGUCUCCAAGAAGCACUACUUUUUUUCUUCUUCCUUUCUUAGUUUCUCUACCUCACCACUUUCCAAGCUUUCAGCAAUUCAAAUGCUGGAUAAUGUAACCAAAUGCAUUGCUUUUCUACAAUCAUGUGCUGACCACAAGAAUCUUAACAAAGGGAAACAGUUUCACUCCCUAAUGAUCACCUAUGGUUUUUCUCUUUCACCUCCAUCCAUCACUAGCUUAAUCAACAUGUACUCCAAAUGUGGUCAAAUGGGGGAGGCCAUUUUGGUUUUCUAUGAUCCAUGUCAUGAGCGUAAUGUGUUUGCAUAUAAUGCUAUAAUUUCUGGAUUUGUCGCCAAUGGUCUGGCUUCAAAAGGGUUUCAAUUUUAUGAGAAAAUGAGGUUAGAGGGUGUAAUGCCUGAUAAAUAUACUUUUCCUUGUGUAGUUAGAACUUGUUGUGAGGUUAAGGAGGUGAAGAAGAUUCAUGGAUGUUCGCUUAAAAUGGGGUUGGAGUUGGAUGUGUUUGUUGGUAGUGCUUUGGUUAAUACUUAUUUGAAGAAUGGCUCGAUGGAGGAUGCACAAAAAGUGUUUGGAGAACUGCCAAUGAGAGAUGUGGUACUUUGGAAUGCAAUGAUCAAUGGGUAUGCCAAAAUUGGUUGCCUUGACGAGGCACUGGAGGUUUUCAGAAGAAUGCAUGUAGAAGGGAUUGCACCUGGUAGGUUUACAAUUACUGGCAUUUUAUCUAUUUUUGCUUCAAGGGGAGACUUAGACAAUGGGAAAACAGUUCAUGGGAUUGUCGUGAAAAUGGGUUAUGAUUCAGGAGUUGCAGUUUCAAAUGCAUUAAUUGAUAUGUAUGGGAAAUGCAAACAUAUUGGAGAUGCGUUAAUAAUUUUUGAGAUGAUAAAUGAGAAGGAUAUUUUCUCAUGGAACUCAAUUAUAUCAGUUCAUGAACAAUGUGGUGAUCAUCAUGGUACCUUGAGGCUUUUUGAUAAGAUGUUAGGUUCUGGGAUUCUACCAGAUUUGGUAACCAUCACAACUGUGCUUCCAGCUUGCUCUCAUUUGGCUGCGCUCAUGCGUGGUAGAGAAAUUCAUGGAUAUAUGAUCAUUAAUGGAUUUGGAAAGGAUGAUGAAAAUGGAGCUAUAGAUGAUUUACAUGUAAGUAAUGCUGUUAUGGAUAUGUAUGCAAAAUGUGGAAGUAUGAACAAUGCCUUAAAGAUUUUUGAUUCAAUGAGCAACAAGGAUGUGGCAUCAUGGAAUAUCAUGAUUAUGGGUUAUGGUAUGCAUGGUUAUGCUUUGGAGGCAUUGGAUAUGUUUUCUCGAAUGUGUGAGGCCGAAUUUAAGCCGGAUGAAGUUACGCUUGUUGGAGUUCUAUCAGCAUGCAAUCAUGCAGGCUUUGUGUCUCAAGGGCGUUUGUUUUUCGCUCAGAUGGAAUCUACCUUUGGUGUUAUUCCAACUAUUGAGCAUUAUACAUGUGUAAUUGAUAUGCUUGGUCGAGCUGGGCAUUUGGAGGAUGCGUAUGAGGUUGCGCAGAAAAUGCCUAUUCAAGCCAAUCCAGUUGUUUGGAGGGCUUUAUUGGGAGCAUGUCGACUUCAUGGAAAUGCAGAGUUGGCGGAGGUUGCAGCACGACAAGUACUGCAACUAGAACCAGAGCAUUGUGGGAGUUAUGUAUUGAUGUCCAAUGUUUAUGGAGUUAUAGGUCGAUAUGAAGAGGUGUUGGAGGUUAGAAAAACAAUGAAGGAACAAAAUGUCAAGAAGACACCUGGUUGUAGUUGGAUUGAACUCAAAGAUGGGAUGCACGUUUUUCGUACUGGAGAUAGGACACAUUCAGAAUUGAAUGCAUUGACUAAUCAACUGUGUGAUAUUGGAUUCCUUUUAGAUGAAGUCUUGAAUUUAUAUUGAGAUAUGGUAGCAUGUACAAUUGCAAUGAUCUCUCUUUUUUCAAAGAUUGAAAAGUAACAAGCAUCAAAACCUGUACAUUGAUGAAUUUACUUUGUCUUUUUGACAAGAGUGAUGUAAACAAGCGGCAAAACUGAGUAAUCGUAAUAACCUUUUUCUUUGAAAUGAGAGUCAUUGAUUAAUUGAUUGCUUCAGACAAAUAUCUUUGAUUGCCUAUCUCCUUGGCAUUCAUUUUAUAAAAGAAGGGGAAAAAAGGGAAAAAAACCCUCUCUCCUUGUCUCUCAAUGAGAGCUCUCCAGUGCAAAGUUUCUUAGUGAGUAGAGUCCAGCUUCAAGGAUAUGACCGAGUCACUGACAAAACUGAUGGUCAAAGGUGGUGCCUUUUUGUGGCUAUUUGUAUUCGACAUCUCUCAAUUGUGGCCUUAUUCAUAUUGCUACACUCUUGCUCUUCUGUAAAGUUCUUUUCUUGAAUAUCUUGGAAUUAGGAGGAGAUUUUAUCUGCAUUAUGAUUGAGAUACGGAAAGAGCCCUUGUCAUUGCCAUUGCUUAAUGCAAAUCUCAAGAAGCUUUAGGAGGUAUAUAAUCGAUCAUUGGAUCUUUUUAGCAGAAGACCUGUUGUAAGCUGACUUCCUUCCAUUCACUUCACUUUCCGAAGUACAUGGCUUCAUUGGUAGUCGUCUCACUCCAGUUUCGUUUCUCAUUGCUUGAAAUGGUUUUAUGAGAUUUGCACAGGCAUCAAGAAUACAGGCAAGAAGUGGGAGUUGAUAAAGAUAAGAUGCCAGCCACAUUUUGUUACACAUUGCAGCCUGCGAUCUUCGACGUCUUUAGCCCUUCAUCGUCUUUAGCCCUCACAAGCUCGUAGCUUAAAUACAUCAUUUUCUAUCAUCAUGGAGCUCUCUUUUCAAACAUCUCGAAGACGGCACUGUUGUCGAAACCUGUCAGUCACAUUAUUAUUUUAUAGUUUUUAUUGUCACAUAUUUAUAUCAUUCAUCCAUCAAAAUUGUCAUUUGUUUCUUUUAGUGGAUUUUUGUUUCUUUGCUAUUGUAUUUAAUAUUUAUGAGAGAUUUGUUUUCGAUUAUGGACUUCUAUCAGCAGAUCAAGCAAAUUGUUAAGGAAGGAUUUUCAUUUUACUUC